UCUCACCUCUCCAUAUAAGACCCAUGCCUCAUCCUUCCCUCUUCCUCUCUCACCAUCAUGUCCCUACUAGUAUCGCCUGAUUGCUGGUCAUCGGCAACUAUCCCUCUAGAUGAUUAUUGCUGGUCUGACUUAUUCCCUUGGAAUACUUUCGACAAACACAAUGCCUACUUUCCUCCGUCUCCUUCUGAAACAUGUUCUUCCUUCUCAACCGAUCUAUCACCUUCUCCAGAACCAGUCACAAUACGUGUAGUUUGUGACGUUCCUCUGCUCGCUCCUCGUCCGCUUCCGUAUCAUUCUCCUACUUUCCUCAAAUUCGAUUUACCCGAUCCUGACCAAGACUUGUCACAUCCACCCUACACACACAGACCUUCCAAGCGGAAACGUGAUCACAAUGACGACCACCACCGUGAUCAUUUGCGUGUAAAACGCCGCAACGCCGAUUUACAACGCUGGGCAGCCGGUGUCCACCAUACCGACACACAGGGUCGUUCUCACGUAUAUACCGCCACCCGGCCUGAUCGCCCAUCUUAGGGGCAUCCUCAUUAACACCAUCCUCUACUCCGGCUUCUCCCUUU